AUGUCGGGCACGCCCGUCGCGACGGCCGAGGGUCUCUUGGCGUGGAUUGCGGACGAUGAUGUCGGUGUAGGCUUGCCGCGGGCCGAGAAUGCUGGCGGCGAUGAGUUCGACAAAGACCAGCCGGAUUCCAAGAGGAGCUACUACAAGUGUACGACGGCAGGGUGCCCGGUCCCGCAAGCAUGUGCAGCGCGCGUCCGACGACCUGCGCACCGUGAUCACCACGUACGAUGGCCAGCACAACGACGACGUGCCCACCGUGCGUGGCAGCGCCGCACUCUACCAUCCCGCAGCACCGCCUGCGGACAGCGGACAGCUGCCGGUCAAAACCUUGCCGUGGCCAGCGCCACGCGGCCGACCAUGGUCGACCGAACGGCGCAAAAGUGCAUGUUCAGUGGCCAGGGCUCGUUCGGCCUCGGCGGCGCGCUGGCGCAGAGCAGUGCCACGAGUGGCAGCUUCGUCCCCUCGUCGUUCUUGGACAACACGAUGGGUUCGUACAUGAGCCAGCAGCAGGAGAGGCAGAACGCUGCGCCCAGAGAGGACAUGUUUUCUCCGCAGUCGACGGACUGA